GAUGAGUUAAAAAUUAGAGGAUUUUGAAUAGUUUCAACCCUCAAAUAACCUCCCAAAAACCAUCAAUUCCCUUAACUCUUCCCACCCCUCCUUCUCAAUCAAGGUAAAAUUUCCUUGAAACCGUUACUUACUUUCCCUUGCCACCGUAGCCUCUCAAUCCAACAAAGAGUUUGCAUCAUCUUCCAGUUGCAGACAAGAAUACUAGCAGAAACCAGAAAGUCUGGGCAGUGUCUUAAAAGCACCGAUGGCACCGUGUCAAGCACUGCCAAACUCAUUAUUCACAUCAUCUCAACUGAAGCUCAUAGUACCAACUGAGAAUAAGAGAUACCCCACAAAGUUGAUAAUGUGUUGCUCCCAUUCCAAUUCUUCAUUUUCAACCACAACUACGACGACGACGAAGUUUGGUCUUCCGAUUAUUAGAAAGAGAAAGAGAUACAGGAAGCCGUACCCAGGAGAGACAAAGGGCAUUACUGAAGAGAUGAGAUUCGUUGCUAUGAGGCUUCGUAAUCUCAAAGGCAAAUACACCCGCGAGUCUAUUAACAGUGAUGAUGGGGAUGAUGAUUCCCAAAAUUCACAAGACGACCGCGUAUCAAAGGAAGAAGAAAACACGGGUGAGGGUGAUAGGGAAAGUUGGGUCCCCAGUAUGGAAGGGUUCAUUAAGUACCUGGUUGACAGCAAGCUCGUUUUCGACACCGUCGAGCGUAUUGUUGAUAAAUCCGAUGAUGUUUCUUAUGCUUAUUUUAGAAGAACUGGAUUGGAACGAUCAGGGGUUCUUGCAAAAGACCUUGAGUGGUUUAGCCAACAGGAUAUUGCUAUUCCUAAACCUAGUACUCCUGGAGUUUCAUAUGCCAAAUAUUUGGAGGAUCUUGCAGAGAAGAGUGCCCCUUUGUUUCUCUGCCAUUUCUAUAAUAUAUAUUUCUCACACAUAGCAAGUGGUCAAGUGAUAGCAAGACAGGUCUCUGAGAAGCUUCUAGAAGGGAGAGAUUUGGAAUUUUACAGAUGGGAGGGAGAUGUUCAAGAAUUGCUGAAGUGGACACGUGAGAAUCUCAAUAUGCUUGGAGAGCACUGGCCCCGAGAUGUGAAAAACAAAUGUUUAAAAGAAGCAACGAAGUCCUUCAAGUAUUUGGGGCAGAUAGUCCGGUUGAUUGUCUUGUAAAGCAAAUUUGUUUUUGCAUUCAACCGUUGUGCUGGGUAGCAUUGAUCCCGUUGUGGCCAAGUUAAAACCUUUCUCUAGCUGUUCAACUUUGCAAACAGGCAGGAGUGCGGAUCAUGGAGUAAAAGCAGCACUUUUCUUUCUACACAUGGGAUUGCCUUAUGCUUGCGCUUGGUGACACUGAUUUUAUCCCAUGUGAAGCAAUUCGACGUAGGAAGCAACAUUUGUGUUCUGAACCAUGUAAAGUGGUGGAUCUCCCCCUACGUCCUUCCUUUCUAAGGCCUUGCCUUCAGAACCUAGCAUUUGUUUCUGAUGCUGAUUUGGGGGCUGGGUCCAUUGGUCCUGAUCCCUCAAGGGAUGUAAGGCAAAUAAAGCCACGUUGUUUGUUGGAACUGGAAACUUCAAUGCACCCACGAGUUUAUUUUGUCAGUAAA